AUCAUUAUAAUUGCAACGCAUUCAAAGAAGAAGAAAAAAUAGGAAAAAGAAGGUCAAAGCUGGUGAAGAUCCCGACGUUUAAUCAAAUAAUCCUACAGCCAGGAUUACUGCGUUAGUUAAAGAAGAGAAUGUCACAGGUUAUGGAGAUGAGCAGCAACAGUGAGUGCUUUGGAUGUGGCCGCUCUGGACAUUGGGUCAAGCAUUGUCCUAAUGCCAGUGGUUCACGUGGACGUGGCAGGGGCAGGGGAAGAGGCAAGGAGCUGUUCUGUUAUCGAUGUGGAGACCAGGGACACAUGGCCAGGGACUGUGACCAAACUGAGGAUGCGUGCUACAACUGCCACAGGAGUGGUCACAUCUCCCGGGACUGCAAGGAGCCCAGGAAGGAGAGGGAGCAGCUCUGCUACACCUGUGGCAAAGCCGGUCACAUGGCUCGUGACUGUGACCACGCCAACGAGCAGAAGUGCUACUCCUGCGGCGGGUUUGGUCACAUCCAAAAGCUUUGCGAUAAGGUGAAAUGUUACAGGUGUGGUGAGAUUGGUCACGUUGCUGUGCACUGCAGUAAAGCCAGUGAGACCAACUGCUACAACUGUGGAAAGGCAGGCCACCUGGCAAAAGAGUGCACCAUUGAAGCAACCGCAUAAUCAGCACCCUCUGUUGCCCCUCCUUUUUUUUCAGAUUGAUGGUUGGUUGUAUUAUUUUCUCUGAAUCCUCUUCACUGGCCAAAGGUUGGCUGACAGAGGCUAGUCCCAGGCCUGUGAGCCUCUCGAUAUGUAAUACAAAGAAAGGGGUGAUAAAAAAUAUCUUUCUGCAUUCAAUACAAAAAAUGUUUUAGUUUGGUAGCGGUGUUAUGUAUAAUGCUUUGUUAAAGAACCUCCCCCUUUCCAGGCCACUGGUGAUGAGUGAGGAAUAAACGGGACUGAACAUAUGGGAAUCUAUAGGACCUCUGAGCUUGUGGACAUGCAUCUCAGUAAAAUGAGAUGGAAGACAGGAGUAAAUGGAAACCAAACAUCCAUGUGUGGUUAUUUUGGUUUGUUUUAGCGGAAUCUGAGUUGGCCAAGAGAGUUUGACAUGGAAACAGUUCAUAACAUGAUGCAUUUCAGCCCUUCAAGCAGCUACAAGUGGGCGAUAACAAACGCUAUAUUACUAAGAUAUAAAAAAUUUUUUUGGAGGUAUUAAAAAGAAACAUGCUCUUUUUAUAGAAAUCUGUUUACAAUUUAAAUAUUACUUUGGUAGUCCAAGGUAGAUUUUCUGUUUAAAAAAAAAAAAAAAAGGCUUUGGAAAUGUUCUGGUUUCUUUUUGUUUUGUUUUUCUUUUCUUUUUUUUUACCUUGGCAAAAAUUUAACAUCAAGAACAGUCGUCAGAAAAGCAGAAUUAGGAGUUAUUUGGGAAUGACAAAUGUUUUCACAGAAAUCAAAAUGUUAUUUUUGUACAAUAUCACUUAGACUACUGUAUAAAUACCAUUUGCUUGUACUCAGUUUUUAAGUCGGAAGGAAAGUGCAACUGAAGUCCUAGAAAAUAGAAAUGUAAUUUUAAACUAUCAAUAAAGCUGGAGGAGCACGGGGA